AUGCCUGUCUGUGUAGUUAUUUCUCCCCCUCCCCGAACCCUCGCCAGCUGGGCAAUCUGCCAUGCAAACCAUACUUUCUUCUACUUGGCAGUGAGAAGAGGUGGGGAAGCUACCUUGACCUGGACUGACCCAAGCGGGGAGGAAAUUGAAGAAGAUUCAGAGCUGUACCGACUAAAGCCAAUUGAUGAGCUGUCCAAGGGACUGGAGAUUACGCUCUCUGACCCUGCCAUGGACGGGACCUUCACAUGCACAGCGCAGUUUGAAUCUGGAAGGACCGCUACUGCCCAGAUCAAAAUCCGUGCCAUCAAGAAGCCCACAUUUGUGACCAAACCGGACCCCGUGAAGGAAGUUAAUGAAGGCACAAGGGUUGAGUUCAAUUGUCUGACCACAGGAAUCCCCCUGCCAGUAGUCAAAUGGAAAUUUGCAAACCAGGACAUCCGCAGUACUGGAGAUGGACGGAUCUCUGUGGGAAAUGGGGUGUUGGUGAUCCAGAAGACGCAGCCCUCCGAUGCUGGUGUCUACACCUGUGAGGCAAGCAUUGAAGAGCGCAAUGAAGUGGCUUCCACAAAUGUUACACUCAAUAUUAAAUUCCGUCCCAGGAUAGUGUUCCCUGCUGGAGAAUCAUUGGUCACCCAAAUUGGGGCUCCCACCCAGUGCAACUUCACCAUCCUAGCCUAUCCCCCUCCUUCUGUCUCCGUGGUUUGGAAGGGGAAAGAUUUUAAAGGGGAUGACAUCAAGCAGGUGGCCCAAGAUGGAGUCAAAUACACCUUCUCCUUUCAGUUCACACCAGAGUCAGCAGAAGAUAUUUCCGGACUCCACAUAAAAGCUGUCAAUGAUGCGGGCAGCGAAGACAAGACGCUUGCUCUUCAAGAAGAGACUCCAGACAAGGGCUUGGGAAUUGGCAGCAUCUUGGCCAUUGUGCUGCUGAUCCUCUUGCUGGUCCUGAUGGUGGUAGAUGUGACGUGCUACUACAAGUGCCGGCGUGGCUUGCUGAUGUGCUGCAGAGCCAGCCUGCUGGGCAAAAGCGCAUGUGGGGCAGGCGUUGAGAGCCCUGGAAAACCACUUUCCAAGGCAGGGAAAAGCACAGUGGUGAAUGUCUCCGGUAUUGAGGCCUGAUUAGUCUUCAGCAAUGGACUCAUGAAGUGUUGGGCUUGCAGCAAAGCUUGGACUAGUUAUGCUGGAAAAAGAAAGCCAAGACUACUCCUCCCUUCCCAGGGGCUUAGAGCACCCUUGCGGUCCUUCCUUGUCCCUAUCCUGCUGGAAAAAGUAGUAGGUAGACUCACGGCGUGCUGUUCCCUGCUGCAGUGCUGCAGAACUGGAAUCAGGCCACGUUGCUCCUUCCACCAGGCUCUCCAUUGACCAGCUGUGCCAAGGGGCAAGGUCCUGCCCUCCCUCGGUCCAUCUUGCUUCCCCUGUGCUGAGACAUGCCUGGGGUUCCGUGUGCCUCUUGGCAGAAGAAAGGGACUUAGAAACAUAGAAACAGAGCGAGUCAGAAGGCACCUCCC